GCCAUUGUGACACGCGGGGCUGGGAGCAGAGCAAAGGCUGCUGGGCUGGGGCCGUGCUCAGUGCGGCCUGGUGAGGCGUGGAGAGAGCAGCGACUCUCUUGUUUCUCGCCAUCGAUGCCGAACAUGUCUGGAAGGAAGAAGGAGGCCCCCAAGUCUGGGAAGCCAGUGUGCAUGCUGUGCCGCAGGGCACGGGUCGACCCGGACAUCUGCGGGCAGACAUCUGCCGAUGGUGGGCUCUGUGCCCACCGCUUCUGCUUGUUCUUUGCCAACGGCCUUUUGAAAUGGAAACGCCCUACGGGGGGAAUUUUUGGCUUCCCCCCGGAUGCCAUCCAGCACACAAUCCAGCUGGCAGACCAGAAGCGCUGCUUUGUCUGUCGUGGGAAGGGAGCUGCCAUCAGCUGCGCAGAGACAGGCUGUGAGCGCAGCUUCCAUCUGCCCUGCGCCGAGAAGGGGGAAUGCGUCACGCAGUACUUUGGGCAGCACAGGUCCUUCUGCUGUGAGCAUCGCCCUCGGCAGGCAGCGGAGGCAGCUCCAUCUCACAACACUCUCUGCGUCAUCUGCCUGGAGCCCGUGGGGGACAGCACGUCCUACCACACCAUGGUGUGCCCGACGUGCAAACAGGCCUGGUUCCACCGGGGCUGCAUCAGGAAACAGGCCAUGCAUGCUGCCACCAUGCUCUUCGUCUGCCCUGUCUGCAGAGGAAAAGCGCGAUUCCGUGCCAAAAUGGCUAAGCUGGGGAUCCAAAUUCCAGUCAGACGACCAUCUUGGUGGGAUGAUGAAGCGUACCAGGCGCUGCGAGAAAGGCACAGGCGCUGUGACGUCAGCAUCUGCUAUUACCGAAGAGGCAGGGAGGAGGCAGAGGAACAGGGGCUCUGGCAGCUGCUCCUCUGCCGCUCCUGUGCCGCAAAUGGCACGCACUGGUACUGCUCCUACUGGUACAGCAGAGGAGGCACCUGGGAGUGCGAUACCUGUGCUGGUGAGGCCAUUGCGUCCCGCCGCAACUACGACCUCGGCAUCCCCAGCACUUCCAGCCAGAUGGCACCGGGGCCAUCCCCGGCAGCUGCACCCAGAAAGCAUCCCAGGCAGCGGGGGACUGGCCGCACAAGAAGCCGUUCCCCAUUGCAAGGUCGGGCCUCAGGCUCCCAGAGUCGGCCCCGAAGAUGCCGUGGCACCAGCCGUACAACAGCCCGAGGUGCUCAGAGCAGCACUCGCACCUCGGCCAGACCAGCACCACCGAGGUCCUCGAGGGCUUCCCCUCUGCCUGCACGCAGGAGGCAAUCCAGGCAGCGAGGGCGGGCCCACACUCGAAGCCGAUCCCCAGUGGGGCGUCGCGCUUCGACUUCCCGCAGCCGGCCCCGAGGAGGCCGUGGGAGCCGGUCCAGGCAGCGGGGACCGGCCCGGGCACCAAGCCGCUCCCGGGCCCAACAUCGCAGAAGACGUCCCCGCAGCCGGUCCCAAAGGCGGCGCUGAAGCAGCCACCCUGUUCCAUCCCCACGUGACGGUUGUGCUUCCAAGCGGCAAAGAAAAUAAACCGUGAAGAGAGUCCACACAUAUUGGCUUCAUUCUUCAGUGGACCAGCCCGGGCACAAAGCCUCUCUCAGGUGCAGCAACAGAGAAGACGUCCCCAUAGCCACCAGCAUCAGAGAAGACGUCCCCACAGCCAGUCCCAAAGACGGUGCAGAAGCGGCCGUGUCCCAUCCCCACGUGAUGGCUGUGGUUCCAAGCAGCUAAGAAAAUAAACCUUCAACAUACUCCACAUGUGUUGGCUUCAUUCUUCUCUGCUUGUCCUGCGGUGGGCACUGUUAGGGGCUGAGACCGCAGCGUUGUCUUCUCCCCAGCACCUUCCCAGGUGGAGUUAUCUUUAGAUUUAUCUGUGCCUGUGACAGAGGGCUGCGAGCCCACAGGCCCAC